UGUGCGUGUGUGUGUGUGCGCGCAUGUGUGUGUGUGUGUGUGUGUGUGUGUCGAGCAGCCGAUGAGAGGCUUCAUUCGGUGGAGAAUCAAUCUAGACGAGGCUGCAGAACUGAAACAAGAGGAAAGUUUCAGAGGAAACAAGCAGAAAGAAGAAGACGUGAUGUUGAGAUUUAGCCCCCCCCACUGAUGACAGCAGUGAGUUUUAUCCCCACCCACACCUCCAAAGCUACAUCAUGGCUGAAAAAAAACUCUCAGGCUUACCUCCUCCCACCCUGUCUUCACCUGGUCAUCAGAAUGGGAGGAUCAGGGGGACAGCGCCCAAAUGUUCUCCAUCCCCCCACAAUAAUGGCAGUCUGGAGGCCAGACCGGGCCGAAACACCAGCGAUGUUCCCCAGCCUGCCUUAGCAGUCAGCAGCAGGACCUCCUCCUCCCCCCUCAGGACCCUCAGGACCCUCGGAGGUCUGAUAUCUCCUGUGUCCGGGGCUGAAGGCAGCCACAGCUCCACCAGGCCGCGAGGUCAGAGCCUCGCCUCCGCUCUGAGCUCUUGGACUACCAGGAGCAAGUGUAGGAACAGCCAGCAAGAAGAGCCAGAGGCCUUGUUGGACCUGAUCCUGGAGUGUCAGGGUCAGAGACUGGACGACCAGAGAGCCAGCCUCAGCCUGCUGCCUGACCCAGGACCGGUUGCAGUUUGUGGGGCCUGUAGCUCCGACCAGCACACCCUGCCAAGUCUGGACUUUUACUACAUGCUGAUACACUACCAGUCUGACAGGAUGGAGGACCAGAGGUGUUCCCUGCCUGAUGUGGAAGAUGGUGUUGGUGGGGUUCCUGUAGGUCAGGAGGAUUUCUUCACUUUGAUUCACAGGGUUCAGUCCAGGCGGAUGGAUGAGCAGAGAGCCUCGCUGCUUGCUGACUCACCCUGAGGACGACGCACACACCAACACACACACAGCUGGCUCCUCCCCCCAUCUUCAGCAUCAUUGACUACCUUUACAUGCACAAAAUAUUCCCGUUUCUGCCCUUAUUCUAAAAAAGACAAUAUUCCUACUAAUCUGUUUACGUGUCAACAUAGGAUAUUUCAAGUUUUCCAGCAUAGUUUGACUUCCUCCCUCUUUCAUUCCUUCAAAUGACUUCUUGAAAAGGUCAGCUUUGCGAUAUUUAUUCACAUACAAAAACCUGUUGAUAUCCAAGUCUUUGAUAAAGUUUAAAUGUUGGGUGUGUUUCUGCUUCUUUUCUUUUGGUUUGCGUCCGAUACACAGAGCUGUAAACAGAGGCCGUGCUGCACGAACUGAGCCUCAUUCAGUGAACGUGCUGUAAACGUGUCCAAAGAAAGUUCCUAAAACCCGAAUAAUAUCAGCAAAUCACACAAGUCUUCAUCAGAAGAUGCUGCAUUCAGAACGAUAUUAUCACUGGGAGAACGCAGACCUCCGCCAGGCGAACGGUGCAUUCAGGUGCUCCUCGGAUGGUCCCUUCUCCAGAGUUGGGAAGUCGUUCUUCCUCUUUGGUGUGUUCAUGAGCUUUAAGUCGUAAAGUGGAAACAACAUGGACGUUACAAAGAAUUGUGUAUUUUAUGUUUUAAAGAACACGUUGAUGUUACAGAGUUGUUGUUCAGACUUGAGGGGUCGUUCAUCAUCAUAUCCGGGAAAUAAUUUUUCUGAUUAUUCCGGCACCGAAUGAAUGCAGCACAAAUGCUCUAUCUCACAAUGUUAAAGAAAGUUAAACAUUCAUGUACCGUCCCGUUUCAGAUCCACUCCAAAAUGUAACAUGUUCUUCCUCAGCCCGUACUGCACCAUUCCACCAAGUUUCAUUAAAUCCGAUCAGACGUUUUUCUGUAAUCCUGUUGACAGACAACAUAAUAAGGCCUGAAUCAGAAUAUCCAAACAGAAUAAUCUGUUUACAUGACCCAAAUCUAAUUCAGAAUAUUGUCCUAUUCAGAAUAAUAGAGGAGUAUUAAUGUGCAUGUGGACGUAGGUUGAAGAGUCUGAAGGUGUUUGUUAUGUAAAGACUACAGUUACUGUGUUGAACUCAGACUCAGAGUUUGGAUCUCGUCUUCAGGACAUUUUGGAUGUUUUUGUACUACAGGAUUCAGACGAUGUGGAAACUGAUCGUGAUGACAGUAAACAUCCGGAACCAGGUCCAUACCUGAACCAGGUCCAGACCGGAACCGGUUCUAGACCGGAACCAGGUCCAGGUCCUGGUGUUAUCUAACCCUUGUGUCCUGUAGUUUCUGAUUUUAAACAGUAAUAACAUCAGUAGAAAUCUGAACUUUUGAUGAAGUUUUAACAUAUUGUAACAUGUGACUGAAUUUUUAAAUCUAUUUAACAAAUAUCAGAGUCUGUUUUUAUUUCAGAUGGAGAGUUUAAACACUUUUAUAAAUUACUUUGAUGUACUGGA